CAAAUUUUUAUUUGGAUCAUUUUAACAUAUUAUUCUGAAUGUGAAUCAAUCAUAGGAUCAUCAUGCAAUUGUAAAGCUCAUUCGUAUGAUUUUAAUGUACCCGAAGAUGCUCGACAACGUAUUGAUUUCCUUUGCUGUGAUGGUAAACAAACAGAUGAUGCUAAUAAUCAUAACGAUCAACAACAUUUAAAUCAAUUGAUUGAAAAAAUUAAUGAUGGAAAAAUAUUUGUCGAUCAAUUCAUCAUAAGAAGUUUGAAUCCUGAAUUGAUAUUCCAGCAUGAUUCAUUGGAAAUAAAUUGGCUAGAAAUUUCAAAUAUUGAUAUGAAUUCAUAUCAAUUUGCCAGUCAGCAUAAAAAUUUGUAUAUCCAUCAAUUGGUUAUAUCAAACGUUCGAAUGUAUCGACAAUUAUUGUACUUUAUACAAUCAUCAUGGAAUCAUCUUGAAAUGAUUCAUUUGGAUUCAUAUCAAUUGAUUGAUGAUGAUCGAUUACAACCACCGUAUCAUUUUCUCAUAUUCAAUCAACCAUUCGAAGUAUAUUCCAAAUUAAAAACAUUAAAUAUGAUUCGUUGCAAUAUAAAAUCAUUGGCCGGUGUAGAUCUAUUGAAAAAUGUGGCAAAUCUUCGGAUGCUUUCGUUGGCACAUAAUCAACUGACAAGCAUUGAUAAUGUAAAUUUUUUUCCAGCUGAUUCCAAAGAAUUUCGUUCACUUGAUUUGAGUUAUAAUCAACUGAGAUGGUUGCCAGCUAAUUGGAAACUACCAUCUUCUUUGACUCAUCUACAUCUGGAUAAUAACGAAAUAACCAUAUUUCCGAAUAAUGUUUAUCAUUUAAAUAAUUUACGAGAAUUUUGGUUUCAACAAAAUCGUCAAAGCUGUGAAAAUGUUAAACGAAUAUUUCAAAAGAAAAUUCCAGAAAUUUUUAUUUGUUGGACAGACAAAAUUGUAACAAUGAACAAGACAAAUAACAUUGUGGAAUAUAUCGCAAGGUUUCAUCGGGAUUAAUUUUUUUCGAAAUUUUAUCAUAACUUAUUGAAGAUUGUUUUUUCAGAAAUUUUUUAACUUUUUCUUUAUUUGUAUUGAAAUAAAUGAUUAAUUCAUACGAA